AUGCUUGAAAGGCUUCAUCGGUCGACUCAGCAUGUUAAUGGAGAUACUUCGCGCCUCAAGGCCCAAGUUGAGCUACGUAUCCUCGUUGUUGGUGCUGGUCUCGGAGGUCUAGCUACUGCGGUUGCCCUCGCACGUCGAGGUCACAAGGUGGUGGUUUUGGAGCAGGCAGCCGCAUUGGGUGAGGUCGGUGCUGGCAUUCAGAUCCCUUCGAAUUCUUCCCGAUUACUCCUGAGAUGGGGCAUAGGCCCUUACCUCGAACAGUACGCCGUCAAGCCAGAAAGCAUGAUGUUUCGCAGGUGGAAGAACGGAGACCCCAUCGGCUACACGAGACUCUCACCAGAAUUUGAGACAACCUACGGUGCACCUUACUUUGUUAUCCAUCGUGCUGACUUCCACCGUGCUCUUUGUCGCCUAGCAGAGGACCUUGGUGUAGAGAUUGUGACUGGCAGCAAGGUUGUCGAAUAUGAUGAGGUGGCACCAUCGGCCUCAACAUCCGACGGCCGUGAGUACAGUGCCGAUCUUAUUAUCGCUGCUGACGGUGUGAAGUCCUCUGCUCGAUCGGUUGUCCUUGGAGGUCCCGAUUUACCAGCUCAAAGGACUGGUUUCGCUGCAUACCGAGCUACUGUGAAUACUGAGGACAUGAAAAGCGACCAAGACACUUCUUGGCUCUUGGAAAAGCCAGGUAUUAAUAUCUGGAUUGGAGAGGAUCGCCACGUUAUGACCUACUGCAUCGCGGGUGGUAACUCAUUCAAUCUUGUUUUGUCCCAUGUGGACCACUCAUCACCAAAUACCUGGAACGCUGAGACCGCACUUCAAGACAUGCAAGACUCAUUUCGUGACUGGGACCCUAAAUUACAGAAAGUGAUCAAAAUGAUCAAACAAACUAUAAAGUGGCCUUUGAUGAACGGUAGUCGAUUACAGACUUGGAUCUCGAGGAGCCAAAAGCUGGUCAUUCUUGGUGAUGCAGCCCAUGCCAUGGUGCCAUACAUGUCCCAGGGCGCUGCAAUGGCUGUGGAAGACGGGGCUGCUCUCGCUGCAGCAAUAUCGGAGGCCACCUGCAAGGAGGAAGUGCCAAUGGCUUUGCGGGUGUUUGAGAAAGAGAGAAUGCAGCGAAGCUAUGGGAUGCAGUCUGCCAGUCUGGUCAAUGGUAGACUGUGGCAUUUCCCAGAUGGCCCCCUUCAGCAGGCUAGAGACUUGGGAAUGAGGGCAGAGGUUGAAGGGAGGCCAUUCGUCGAGAGUACGAACCAAUGGAGUGACCCGGUAACACAGCUUUGGGCCUAUGGAUACGACGCAGAGCAGGCUAUUGAGAGUCUUUGGAGGAGUGAGAGGAGUGGCGUGGAUAGUAGACUAUAG